AUGCCUUAUACGUUUGCUUCUGGUGCUGAUGUUCGAAUUCAUCCCUUGUCAGCUUCACCGGCGUCGACUGCUUUGUUUAAUCCGACCUUGACAUCGCAAUUGGGGGAAGAUGUUACAACGAUAUUUGUGGUGGGAUUCCCCGAUGACAUGAUGGAACGGGAGUUUCAAAACAUGUUUACAUUCUGUCCUGGAUUCGAAGCGGCUUCAUUAAAGUGGCACUGCAAAGACCAAGAAGAAGAUCCUACCAACAAUAUGAGCGGCAAAAAACAAAUGAUCGGAUUUGCACGAUUUCGUACUCGAUUAGAAGCACUCGAAGCGGUCGAAGUGUUGAGCGGGAAAAAAGUGGAUCAAGAAAAAGGCGCUGUCCUGAAAGCGGAGAUGGCCAAGAAGAAUCUUCACAUCAAACGAGGUUCAACAAUACCCAACGGCAUAGCACAGACAUCCAAUUCCGCCUCGUCAUCUACCUCAUCUUCUAGCACUACGGCAGCAGCUUUGACGGCGGCCAUGCCGGCCACGGACAGCACCGUUUCACCGCUGAGUAUCUUGUCAAAGAAAAUGCGCCAUCCCGGCUUGUACGAUUCAUUUGCACCACUGCCUAGCGACUUGCUUUCACCUGCGGAUUAUAAAAACGAUCCAUUUAAUGAACCUGUCACAUGUCCCACUCCGACCACCCCCAUUUUUAGCGAUGCCCUUUUUGGACUGCGGUCGCAAUCGUUUGAUGCGCGCAAUCAGGAUGUAGGGAUUCUGUCACCUCCACGUGGAUUCGGACUCAUGCCACCGGCUCGCAUGACAAAAGCAAUUCAGGAAUCCGAAACGGACCCUUACAAUUAUCUCUCAAAGUCCUCCCCCGUGCAAAAUGACCGUGCACUCGGUACUUCCCCCUUAUAUGGUGAUCAUAACGAUUUUUUGGGUCGCAUGGGCUCGUUGUCGAUUCAUUCCAGCAAACUCCCCGACACUCGAUCCACUGCCGCUGCCGCCGGUGCCACCUCUACCACCUCAUCGACCAACAACUACCGUCAAACAAAUCAAGCCGAUCAAAAUCCACCUUGCAAUACAUUGUACGUUGGCAAUUUGCCACCCAAUACUAGUGAAGAGGAACUACGCCAGGUGUUCUCCAAAUGUCGAGGAUACAAACGUCUGUGUUUUCGCAAUAAACCUCAAGGUCCCAUGUGCUUUGUGGAAUUCGAGGAUCUGGUGUUUGCAACUCAGGCAUUGAAUGAACUUCAGGGUCGCAGCCUCACUAAUUCCAUCAAAGGCGGCAUUCGAUUAUCUUUCAGCAAAAAUCCUUUGUUUAUCAAACCCAACAAGGAUGCCCCUACCACCAUCACUUCCAUCGCCAAUACAACGACCAACAUGUCUUCCCAUCAGAAAUCGAAUCUCUCUUUGUUGGAUGACCGCCGUGCUCUGCUUUUCGAGCCACAGUUGUAA